CACUGGAUGAAGAGCAGACCGAGUCCCCAGCUAAACAGAUCUGGAUCCACCGACGCUACAAACCGCUGCUUGAAAGGCGAUUUUUCACUUUACGGGCAAUCGAUUCACGGAUUUUUGCGUAAUUGUCGCUGUCGGUGUCUCCGUGGUUCACUUUUCCUCCAUUGUUGUUCGAAGUUUCCGACUCUCACAUUUUAAUUGCGGACGUUUAUCCCCGUUAGCUGGGGGCUUUUCGUUUUUAAAGACGCGUAUCUUCUCAGUAAUUAAUCAGUGACUUUGUUUGCGUUUGGCCUCUGGGAUUAUUUUGUAGCGGAGCGGUAACUCAAAAUUGGGACCUGCCGUCGCAAUGGGGAAAUAGCGGGGAUCUCUGACCCGAACCUGUGUUUCUGACUUUUUUUUUUUUUUUUUUUUUUUUUUUUUUUUGUAUGGACACUAUUUUAGAAGCCAAAGCUCUGUUUUCUGACACAUGACUAAAAAUGAGUAUGGAUGGCUGUCCAUUGAAGGUGGUGAUUUUCCUGUGGUGUCUGCUGGUGAUCUCUGGCUCCAGCUUUGAGAUAGGAUCCUAUGAUCUGGAGCGCGGCAGACCAGCCAAGUGCGAGCCCAUCGUUAUCCCCAUGUGCCAGGGAAUCGGCUACAACUUGACCAGGAUGCCCAAUUUCAUGGACCACGACAACCAGAAGGAGGCUGCGAUCAAGCUCAAUGAGUUUGCCCCGCUGGUGGAGUACGGCUGUGAUGUGCACCUCCGUUUUUUUCUGUGCUCCCUCUACGCCCCCAUGUGCACAGACAAAGUGUCCACCUCCAUCCCCGCCUGCAGACCCAUGUGUGAGCAGGCCAGGCAGAAAUGCUCCCCCAUAAUGGAGAAGUUCAACUACGCCUGGCCUGACUCGCUCGACUGUUCCAAGCUGCCGACCAGAAACGACCCCAAUGCUCUGUGCAUGGAGGCCCCGGAGAACGACACCAGGACCGAGUCCAAGAAAGGAGAGGGCAUGCUUCCAGUGCCUCCUCGCCCCAGGCAACCGGGCAGCAGCGGCGGGCGCUCGACCAGCAGCCUCGGCUCCUGCGAGAACCCGGAGAAGUUCCAGUAUGUGGAGAAGAGCCGCUCCUGUGCGCCGCGCUGCUCCUCCGCCGUGGACGUGUUCUGGUCCAGGCGGGACAAGGACUUUGCCUUCAUCUGGAUGACAGUCUGGUCCAUCCUGUGCUUCAUCUCCACAGCCUUCACCGUGUUGACCUUCCUCCUGGACCCGCACCGCUUCCAGUAUCCCGAGCGGCCCAUCAUCUUCCUCUCCAUGUGUUAUAAUGUUUACUCUGUGGCCUUCAUCAUCCGCUCGGUGGCCGGGGCAGAGAACAUCGCCUGUGACCGUGAGAACGGCGAGCUGUACAUCAUCCAGGAGGGGCUGGAGUCAACCGGCUGCACCAUUGUCUUCCUCAUCCUCUACUACUUUGGCAUGGCCUCUUCCAUCUGGUGGGUCAUCCUGACGCUCACCUGGUUCCUGGCUGCGGGGAAGAAGUGGGGCCACGAGGCCAUUGAGGCGCACAGCAACUAUUUCCACAUGGCCGCCUGGGGCAUCCCUGCUCUCAAGACCAUCGUCAUCCUCACAAUGAGGAAGGUGGCCGGGGACGAGCUGACGGGGCUGUGCUAUGUGGGCAGCAUGGACUCGGGGGCGCUCACCGGCUUCGUCCUCAUCCCCCUGUCCUGCUACUUGGUCAUCGGCACCUCCUUCAUCCUCACGGGCUUCGUGGCUCUCUUCCACAUCCGCAAAGUGAUGAAGACGGAGGGCACCAACACGGAGAAGUUGGAGAAGCUCAUGGUGAAAAUCGGCAUCUACUCCAUCCUUUACACGGUGCCCGCCACCUGCGUUAUCGUCUGCUACUUCUAUGAGAGGCUCAACAUGGACUACUGGAAGUACCGGGGGCUGGAGGCGAAGUGUGUGUCUUUCCCCGGCCGCAGGAAUGAGGACUGCUCGCUGGAGACGUCGGUGCCCACCGUGGCAGUGUUCAUGCUGAAGAUCUUCAUGUCCCUGGUGGUUGGCAUCACUAGCGGGGUGUGGGUGUGGAGCUCUAAGACCCUGCAGACCUGGCAGGGCCUGUGCAGCAGGAAGCUGGCGGACAGGACUAGUAGUAGGAAACCCUGCAGUGGAGUCAGCUGUGGCAGCACACACUGCCACUACAAAUCCCCUGCUGUGGUCAUCCACAUGGCCAAGACAGACCCUCACUCAGACAGCCCGACGCACGUCUGAGGGGGGAGCGCGCGCGUGCACGUAGGUACACAUGCAGGCACUCGUGCAAGCGCAUCCACACGCACACACACACACACUGCCAAAUGCAAACACAUGCACAGACACUCAUACAUGCAACCACACACACACAGAUACAGACACACACACACACACCUAUGCCCUGUGUAAGGAGCUGCUAAAAGACUUUGUUAUGGUGAGGAGCUGAGUUAUUCAGUUGAACUGUUAUUUACUGCUCUGCUGUUGCCAAGGAACACACAGGCACAGGUAUCAGUAUGAGAAACUAUCCAUAAACAGUAUUCAAUGCAUAAAGGGAAAUGUUCAGUAUUGUUAUCCAUAGUUUUCUGUUACAUUGUGUUCUGUGCAGUAGACAUGCCCAGUGUUGCAAAGCAAAGAGACUGAUAUGGGGGGUAUCUUGGAAAAUAUUAGCCUGUUCUCCUCCCUGAAAGUGGCGUGAUAAACUGUAUAAAUUUGUAUAAAUGUUUUAUUUAUUGUAAAUAUAUUUAAUUUAAAUUUACCUUGGCUCUUACUGAAUUCAUUGUUUGGAUGCAUUCAUUAAGGCUUGAGUUCUGAAGGUCAAGGGAAAUUAAGUGCCUUUUAUAAGAACUCUGGUUCUGGCCUUUUGAGGAUAAUAAAUCGUGGAAUUCAUGUUCAACUUUCCUA